AUGGAGAAUGAGACUACAUGGAAUGAUAUACAGAAGAAAGAAUUAGAGACAAAUCUUCAGAAAAAGGAAGAAGAGCUAAGAGAUGUGGAAAUAGAGAAAAAGGGCCUGGAAGAAAAAAUAAGGAAAUUAGAGAAAGAACUGGAAACAAGAGAAAAGAAAGCUGACCACAUUAACAAUGAGAAGAUGGAGACAGACAUAGGGAAGAACAAAUUACAGAGCAAGCUGGAGAGAAUGGAAGAAGAGUUAAGUGCUUUGAAAAAAGAAGUUGACGAGAAAGAAAAGGAAAUUGGCAGAAUAAACAAAGAGAAGGAGGAUGUGUUAUUGGAAAAUGAGGUGCUGAAAAUUGAGAAAGCCUCCCUGAAUUCAAGAGUGAAGAAAUUGGAGGGCAUAGUGAUGGCACUAACUGAGAAGUAUGAGUCGCCAAUAGCACGUCCAGGUAAUGAUAACGACUCAACUCCUCCUCCCUCGCCGCCUAGUUUCCCUCCGCCAAAAUCAAAGGCCCCUCAAGACAAGCCAACUGACAGCAAGAACUCCAAAAACACGAAAUCUCAAGGUGGUAUUCAGGGACUCAAUCACAACCUGCCUACUUUACAGCAAGCGCAUCUGAGAUGA